AUGCUGGCGGAAAUCUAUGAUAUCGUUGAUAAGGCGGAUGCGCUCGUCACCAAGGGCCAGUACAAAGAUGCCAGUGCGCUGUACUUGAAGGCUGCGGAGUCCUUCAAGGAGCACAUUGGCCAGACGGAGAACAGGGAGGUGAAGGAGGCACUGGGGCUGCUGGCUGAGCAGUGUGCCAGGCGGAGCCGGGAGCUUCAGAGCAUGGAGAAUGUGCCCUUGAGCCGGCCUACGCCGUCCGCGUCGGCGUCAACAUCAACAUCAACAUCGACGUCUGUGAGGGAGAGGGAGAGGGAGCCAAAGGACAGCAUCGUGGGGUCACUGGCGACCGCCAGGGGGAUGAUGAGCAUUCAGUUGGGCAAGGAGGACGAGAUGGACCCUGUGAGCAGGUUCCAAAUACAGGUGAUGAGCCUGCUGAAGCCUCCAAUGGUGGCACUGGACGACGCUAAGCCCUUGGACGUUAAGCACACCGGGAAGACCAUUGAGGAGCUCGAGCUUGAGAAUGCAACCUUGAAACAGCUGCUGAGCGUGAGCAGUGAGAAUCUACAGCUCUACGAAUCGUUCCAUAAGCGCGUGAGGAUAAACUUGAAGAGCUAUCUAUCUCAGCUCAAGAGGGAUCUCCACGAGCAGGAGCAGGAGAAAGCUAUCAGAGAGAUGGGAUGA